CAUGUUUUCCAGCCCCCGACUGCGCCGGCUCCUGCAGCGCGUGCCCGGGAAGCAGCGCCUGGGCAUCUACCGCUUCCUCCCCUUCUUCUUCGUCCUGGGGGGAGUGAUGGAGUGGAUCAUGAUCCGGGUGCGCGUGGGCCAGGAGACCUUCUACGAUGUCUACCGGAGAAAAGCGUCAGAGCGACAGUAUCAGAGAAGGCUGGAAGAGGCGUCAGAGACAGAACUUCAGCAGUCAAUAAAGUGAUUGUGAAAAUUU